AUGGAUUAUGAUCCCAGGAAUCCUUUACUGACACACGAUAUUCAACCCUUUCGCCGGUUCUUCAAUGUGGAAUCGCAGUUCAUGGCCGCUGAGGGAUACUCUCAGAACGCCCACAGCAUCAGGCUCCGUAAUCACGCUCUCCACACCAUUGAAAAGCAUUCCAAGUGUGAAAACUUUGAUGCCUUCAUACCAUAUCUUGCCAUGAAUUACUUUGAUCGGUUUAUUUCAAGGCACGAAGUACUGAGGGUGCACUGGGAACUGUUGCCUAUCUGUUGCCUUACUCUUGCUUGGAAAAUGAGAAUCAACUCCUUCUCAGUCACCAGGUUUCUGACAGAUCGAGGCCUCAACACUGAUCGUCGAGAUAUACUUCGCACGGAGUUUGAGAUUCUCAAUGGACUCCAAUGGCGAAUGCGAUCCUUGACUCCAAUUUGCUUUGUGGAUUACUUCCUCUCUCUAGUCACGCCUAGCACUCCAGCCCUUAGUCGUCGAAAUGUCAACAAGAUCAUCGUCCGCGUCCAUGCAGAUAUCAAAUUAACAAGAUUCAAGCCAUCAACAGUGGCAGCAGCAUCAAUUAUUUUUGCAGCUUCCUCGAAACUGUUUCCCCCAGAAUUUUCAAAGCUCAAGCAAGCCAUUUUGUCCUGCCAGUUUGUCCAAAAGGAAGAAGUAGAGCGGUGCAUGGAUGCUAUGGGAUCUGAAAACACAGGCCUAAAGGUCUCAGUUGAUUCGCAGGAAACUAGGACUCAAGCCACCAAGAAUGCGUCAAGCGAGAGAGGGAUUGGAGAGACCGAGAUCCUGAUGGAGCCACUGCUGGGCAGAGGAGAGAGAGAGAGUGAGAUGGGUGAAGCGUCGAUCAUGCAGCAGCAAGGCAGAGAGGCAGGUGGGUGUUCGGAGAUAACGGAAGAGGCAGCAGAGGAGGAAGGGGAGGAGUCGAUCAUCAUGAAUUUUGAGCUGAAUUGGAAGGUCUCAGAGACUGCUCCCGUCGAUGAAGCUCCUGCUCCUGGCAACGCUCUUGAUAGGUGUUUGCCUCGCCGAAACUGCUGCUUCAAUUGA